CGGUGGUCUGAGCAGUCCAUAUGUAACGUCAUAGAAUAUGCGAGAUUAUGUGUUGGCGUGGAGUGUUACUUAAGGCGCUAAUGUUUCUCGCGGCGGGAGUUACUUAAGAGGUACCCACUUCGAAAUUCCUUCUAAAUGGGGGUGCUGAAAAAUUAAGUGGAUACGAAUGUACUUUAAUUUUAACGAUAAUUUGUGAAGUUAAUGUAGUUUUCAUUCCGAUGUGUACUUACUUCGUACUAAUGAUGUGUGCCACUGGUCAAGAAAUACUAUCUAACCUUUAAUGUACAAUGCCUGCAUAAUAAACAGAGAAACGUCCAAUUUUCAUUUUUCAUCACAUGAUCAAUGUGUUCCCAGGCGAGUCGUAGCAGGUGCCAAUCCUGCUGCAGGCAGGACCCGAAAGGGUCACCACCACUACUGUCUUCGCUAUCACCACCACUGCCGCCACGUACGCACAUUCAUACUUAGGCAUCAGCCAUGGUAGCAGCAGUAGCAGCUGUAGCAGUCACCAGCUGCCUUCUUCAGGUAAAUCUUGUGAGCAGCAGUUCAGCUGACAGCGAUGGACAGCGGCAGGAGAGGCAGCUGCAGGUGCUGGGCGAGGUGGUGUUCGGCCCGGCUCGAGGGAUGAGCCUGGCGCUGCACUUGGACACUUCUCUCCCAGCAGACCUGCGGCAGGCAGUCCUGUCCGUGGAGGCGGUGCGGCGCACGCCUCACCUCGCGUUGAAUCUCAGCCUCAACCCCAGCCAUGGGCUACGCAGUUCCUCCUUCUCUUCUUCUUCCUCUAUGUUGCACGUGGUGUUGUGGCUCACGCCCAGCAGUGACCUGCUGCAAGCGCUGUGGCUCCACUGGAAGCCACACAACUUGCUACUCUUCAGCCUGGGAUCAUCUCUCGGCGCCGACGUACUGCGAGACGAGGCGCUAAGCGGCAUAGAGAAGCUAACGCUGAUCGGACAUCUCUUUGCUGAGGAGGAUCGAGGCUCUAGCACCCUGGGUGUGUUCACUGUGAUGCCAUUCUCCUCCAGUGAUGUGCAGUUCCUCGGCCCGUGGGAGCGCGAAUCAUUCAGUGGAUGGGAGACGCUCUUCCCGGACAGGUUCUCGUCUUUCGAAGGAUACACUUUUUAUAUUGCUUCCAGAAUAGUAGACGAACCCUUUUUCUACUCAGAUGCAAGUGAUCCUCUGAAAGGAGACGGAGUGUGUGAGGAAAUGAUACAGUCCUUGUCCACGAAGCUAAAUUUCACCUACACCACAACGAUUGACUCGCCAGAUUCCAAAUGGGGUGCCUUUUUCAAUGGCUCCUGGGAUGGUCUUCUGGGAAUGCUUCAAAGGCGUGAGAAAAACUUUACAAUAAAUAUUUUGUACAGCAGUUAUGAUCGUAACAAGGCCUUCGACAUGUCAGUGUCCUUUCAUACUGACGGAUAUGGGGCCUUCCUGCCGCAGCCAGCCCCGCUUCCACUCUGGACCAGCUUGGUGCGGCCCUUCGGCUUAUCUGUGUGGUUCGCAGUGUUCGUGUCGCUCCUGGCUGCCAUCCUCGUCACCAAGCUGCAGGAGGACGUCCAGGCAUGUUGUGACGACAUGCACACAAAGCGAGGGCUGGCUCAGGUGUGGUUGGCGCUGUACCGGGGACUGCUGAACCAGAGCACCCCUGCACUGCCGCGGACACCGUGGCAGCGUAUGUUUGUGGCCGUGUGGCUUCUCUGCUGUCUGGUCGUCACCUGCGCUUACGCCUGCAACUUAGUGGGCAUCUUCACCCAUCCAGCUUACCCGCGGCGCCUCCGUAGUCUGCAGGAGCUUAUAGACAGCGACUUCAGGUAUCCACACACAACACGCUUUAGUAAUACAGGCUGCCUCUGUACUUCAUGCACGAGUGCAUGACGGAAGAUGCACGCGUAGCAUUGCUUUGAAUAGCGAGUUUGAGUAUCAGUCAAUGAGUCUGUCCAUUUAUCAA